GCCACUCUUUGUCUGUGGUUAGGAGAGAAGGCAGAGAGUCAAGGGUUUACCUGAAGAAAGCUGAAUUUUCAGAAGAAGGGCACGCAAACCCUCGGAAAGAACGGUGGAAGAAGGCCUGGACGGUUUCCACUGUAAUUAUUUCUGUUAUAAACUCUUGACUUAUAUUCCUAUUUGUGACACUUCUAGACCAGAGCUUUCUUAAACCUACUGGAGCUGCAUGAAGAGCCACUGUUUCUUUUUGGAAAGGUCUUAAGUCACUAGUAUAGACCAUGCAGACCACCUGGAUCCUGCUGCUUGCCUCUCUGGGCCUCUCUACCCUGGCUGGUGCUGAGAAAGGCCUCGAAUUCCCACGUUAUGAUGGCAAAGAUCGUGUCCUGGACAUAAAUGAGAAGAACUACCGCAAAGCCCUGAAGAAAUACGACAUGUUGUGCCUGUUCUACCACGCUCCUCUGCCAACUGCAAAAGAGCUGCAGAAACAGCUACAAAUGGCUGAAUUAGUGCUAGAGUUAGCUGCUCAAGUCUUGGAGGAAAAGGAUAUUGGCUUUGGAAUGGUUGACUCCCAAAAAGAUGCUAAGGUUGCCAAGAAACUAGGUGAGGUUGCAAAAGAGCUGACUCUGAAGAUGAAUGAGGUGGACUUCUAUGAGCCCUUCAUGGAGGAACCAGUCACCAUUCCAGACAAACCACACUCAGAGGAAGAGCUGGUGGCCUUCAUAUCCGAACACAGGAGACCAACUCUAAGAAAGCUCAGGGCAGAAGACAUGUUUGAGACCUGGGAGGAUGAUUUGAAUGGAAUUCACAUUGUAGCCUUUGCAGAAGAAGAGAACCCUGAUGGUUUUGAAUUCUUGGAGAUUUUGAAGGAGGUGGCCAGAGACAACACACACAAUCCAGACCUGAGUAUUGUGUGGAUUGACCCAGACAACUUCCCACUGCUCAUUCCUUACUGGGAGAAGACCUUCAAGGUUGACCUCUUCAGACCACAGAUUGGUGUAGUUAAUGUUACAGAUGCGGACAGUGUCUGGUUGGAGAUACCUGAUGAUGAUGAGCUGCUGUCACCUGAAGAGCUGGAAAACUGGAUAGAAGAUGUGCUCUCUGGAACAGUGAAUACAGAGGAUGAUGAUGACGAAGAUGAUGAUGAUGAUGAUGAUGAUGAAUGAUUCAUAUACUGUGAACCUCAAACAAAUCUGCUAAAAAGAACGUUCUUUUAGAGCAAAAUCAUUUUGUACAUUUUGUACACUGCAGAGUUCUCUUAAUGUUAAACUGAAAUUAUACAAGUCAAAGAAGUCUCUUAUUUAUCUAGGUGAAAAUAAUUUAUUUUAUUCACUUCUAAACUGGAAAUUGAUAAAGGGAUUCAAAUGAAAUACUGCAGUGCAAUUUUGUCACUGCAUCAGUUAUUACUCUCUUGUACAUUUUCUACUGUAAUCAAUCACACAAGACAAUAAAACUUUA